UUUAUUUAUGAAUCUACAAGCACUUCUGACUGUAGAAUGGGAUAUAAAAGAAGAGUUCUGUUCAUUCUGUGCAUCUUCUCCAUUCUGCAACCAACAUCAGCUUUCCAGAUUCAUCUUCCUGACUCGACUUACGAAAUUCAAAACGACUUUAAGCAACAGACAGCAACAACAACAGCAAUUAAGACAAGCUCCAGCAGAGACCAAUAAGCUAAAGGAGACACGACGAAAGGAUCAAGUCGAAGACAAAUAGCAAGCAAUGUCUUCUGAAGAAGUGCCCAAGGAGCAGCAAAUUGCUGAUGCGAGAGACGGCUUACUAAAACUCAACCCAGGGAGGAGUCGACAGUGGGCUGAACUCUGGGCAAAAAGUCUCAUCGAACUUAAAUAUGCUCAAGCUCCCAGGAUAAUUAAAGGCAACCCACGCCCUAAAGCUGCGCAUACAUUUAGUAAGGAGACUAGCAAAGGUCAGAGCGGUUCUGGUGGAAAGACACCCGGUGGAAAGACAUCUAUUGGCAAGGCUCCUAGUGGAAAGACCCUCGAAGGAAAGACUCCCAGUGCAGAAACUCGAGGUGAAAAGACUCCUGCUGGCAAGACCUCUGAUAGCAAGACUCCUGGCGGAAAGGCAUCUGGUGGAAAGGCGUCUGGUGGAAAGGCGUCUGGUGGAAAGGCGUCUGGUGGAAAGGCGUCUGGUGGAAAGGCUUCUAGUGAGAAAACAGGAACCGGAAAGGGAAAGACGGAAUCAAAAUAAUAGAUCUCAAUAGUGGCAGCAGCAUCAUCUCAAGUCUGUUAUGUCAAGAUCAUCUCCGUUGGCACCGGAU